AAAAAAAAAAAAAUACGCAAAUACAGAAGAAACUUAGUUGAAUUAGGAGGUAGAUGAGACGGGUUUUAUGUGACACGCCUCACACAUUCACGCUUCUUCUCUCUCUUUUGCCAGAUUUUCUUUCUUUGAUUCUCUCUCGACUCCAAGACUACACCGACUCUCUGUAGUCCUCUCUCCUCGACGGUCCUCACCUCUCUCUCGACCCCUCUCGCCGGCAUCUCUGUAUGUGGUAUCGUUGUUUCUAUCGGUCUCCUCGACCACUCCGCUUCUCUCGGUGUCCUUGACGGCUCCGUGUCUCUUUCGCUAUCCUUGAAGACUUUGCUUCUGUCUCAAUCUCCUCGAUGGCUGACCUUGAUGAAGAAUUCCUCCCACCUCUCUCUCCGGCCCGUGGUUUUCAUCGACGAAAUUGAUUCAAAGGAGCAAAGAAUGCUUGGGAUAUGCUUCACAAAGGGGAAGCUUUGCCGCGCAUUACUACAUCUUCUUCUGAUCUUGGGAGGUGGAAUCAGCUGCAGGGAUGUUACAGAGAUUGGUGGAGUAUCCGGUAUUGUAAAGACUCAGAUUGGCAAGCUGAACCUUUUAGCUUCGAGAACUAAGGUGUAG